AUGAAGCCAGGCACAGUGACCGGCAUCAAGGAGAUCCUGGCUGCCUCGGGGCCUCGCACGCCGCGCGACCCUCUCGUGCCGCAGGUGGUCCCCAUCUGGCUCCAGCGGCGUCUUCGUCGCGCGCGCGCCGCGUCCACAAGCCCACUUGGUUCUCUGCGACGUUUUCCCAUCAGCUUGGUUCGGCGCAUCCGGCCUCCCGCCCGCCUCUCCGUUUCCCACGCAGUCUCCACUCGGUUUUCCGCACUCGCGCCGCCGCCGCAGAUUCAGGUCCGUUCUUUCCCUCACGCGCCAGACAGGGGUGCGCUCCCGCUCCCGGUGGACGCCUCGUUCCUCUCCCCGCUCCCUCAGUGCCGACCCACCCGAGCACGCUCCCUCAGUGCCGACCCACCCGAGCACUUCUCGUCCACCGGCUCUGCUAGAUGGAUUCCCGCCCGCCCGCCGUUCUCCGUCAGCAGCGUCGGCUCUUUCCGUCAGCCCGUUACUCUUCGUCUAUCUCCGUUAUUUUCCGUAACUUCCACUCAGCCCUCUUCGUCUCCCUCCGUCCCUUUCCUCUUGGGCAACCUCGGACGAUUUCCGUCCAGUCUCGUCGCUUUCCGUCAGUCCUCGCCACUUGCCGUCCGUUUCCGCCCCCUCCGGCUGGGCGCGGCCCUUCUGCGUCAGCUGUCGUCCGUCGUCGUCACUGUCACCGGGCGGGGGCCGUGCUGGGUGUCCCGCUGUCCUUGCGCGAGGCUGAAGGCUGUCUUCCCCUCUGAGCGGCUUCUUUCUCCGGCUCUGCUGUCUGUCACUCUCUCUCCGUUUGGGCGUCCCGGGCUCCUGCCUGCACGUCCCGGUGCUCCUGGGAGCCUGUCCUGGGCUUACACAGAAGGGCAGAGAAAGACGCCACAGGGAGCGGCCAAAAGCUGGAAGACAGUGGAACCUGGAAGAGAAAGGAGAAGACGCUGCUGUGUGCACUGCCAUGUGAUGGAAAAGCCCAGGAGCUCCGAAGAUUGCCAGUCAGUGGGAAAUCCUGACCCCAGGAGGGAGAAAGCCUUCUUGCCUCUAGCUAUGAGCUGGUAAGUUCCUCUUAUACCAGCCCAUUGAAUGGUAUUUUCAGCAGUGGUAAACAAAGACACCCGUAGUGCACCAUACAGUCUUAGAUUCAUUGAAAUGGUAAUCAUUGUGGCUUUAUGUUUUAU